AUGAAAAUUGCGGCUUUCACGCUUCUUGCUGUCUUGAGCACGGCCUUUGCUCUGACUCCUGAGCCACCUCGUCACGACCCCCUGGGUGAAUCACCCGAAGUUGGGCCGGUUGUUCUAGGACCGGGACCGGUUAUACCGGGAGACACGGAGGCAUUUGAGAGAGACUAA